AUGCAGAGUGCCAUGUUGCCGGAUACACAUCAAGAAAUGUACCUAACACUGUGGGUAGGCUGUACAUCCCUGGAAGUGAAGAUUUCAGCCCAGACGGUGGGUACCACAUCACCAGUGGUGGUGGCAACACCAACUCCAGAGCAGCUCAGAGACCCAGAGGUGCUACCUGUGCAACUGGUGGUUGUACCACUGCCAUUGUGGCAGGUAGAUGUGUUGGUGGCUACUCCAGUGUUGGUAACUCAGCUGGUGCAUGCUGUCACGCACAUUCAUGCAACCAUGGCGGGCACAGGACAUAUGUCGCCUCUGUGCGCCAUCCAGAUCAACGAGAAGCUCCUGAAGCCUUUACAUCUGGGAGUUGAUCCACAGGAACAUGUCGUACGAAAUCAUGAGAGGGAAGAGAUGAAGAACCUCAACAACCAGUUUGCUGGCUUCAUUGAUAAGGUACGAACCCUAGAGCAGCAGAACAAGGUUCUUGAAACAAAGUGGAACCUCCUGCAAGAGCAUGUCACACCAGCAAAGAAAAACCUUGAACCGUUCUAUGAAAGUUUCCUCUGCAACAUGAAGAAGGAGCUAGACUGUUUACUAAAUGAAAGGCAACAUCUGGCAAGUGAAGAGGCUGCCAUCCAGCAACUGGUAGAAGAACUGAAGUGCAAAUAUGAAGAGGAAUUCAAAAGGCGUACAACAGCAGAAAAUGAAUUUGUACUACUCAAAAAGGAUGUAGACUCUCUCGCACUACGCAAGACAGAACUGGAGGGGAAAGUGGAUUUGCUGAGACGGGAAUUUGAAUUCCGCAGAUGUGUUUAUUUGGAGGAAUUAGCACAGUUGGAUGGCCAUGUCUGUGACACAAAUAUCCUCUUGCAAAUGGACAACAAUCGAGGCUUGGAUGUUGACUGCAUCAUCAGAAAUGUUGAGGCCUGGUAUCAGAGCAUCGCCCAGAGGAGCAAAGAAGAAGUCAAUGCUUUGUAUGAAAACAGGUUUCAAGAGCUCCAGCAGCAAAGAGGGAAAUACUCAGACAAUCUGAAGAUAAAUCAGCACGAGAUUGCAGAUCUGACCAGGCUGGUCAAUAAGUUGCAGUCUGAGAACGAUGCUAUUAAAAAGCAGGUUGAUAUUUUGCAAUCAGCCAUUUGUGAUGUUGAGCACCGUGGAGAUGGUGCUCUUAAAGAUGCUCGGGAUAAGCAUAUUGAGCUGCAGACAGCCCUCCAGAAGGCCAAGGAUGACCUAGCUGGCUUGCUGAGGGACUACCAUGAACUCCUGAACACCAAGUUGGCUCUGGAUAUUGAGAUUGCUACAUAUAAGACACUCCUGGAAGGGGAGGAGUACAGGUCUCUUUCUGGCUGGGUCAGUUCCAAUCUCACUUCUGAAUGUUUCCUCCUUGCAGAUGUUUUCAAGCCACCCUACACAGAGGGCUCUUCUGGAUUUACUUCUUCAGGUGCACAUGGUCCUACAGGUGGUGGAUACGGUGGAGGACACAGUGAAGGACAUCGUGGAGGUUAUAGUGCAGGAGGCCAUGGGAGCUACAAAAGGAGCUCCAGAAGUGUUGGAAACCACCCAAGGACUGUAGAUAGUCAUGUAGAUGCAGGACAUGCCUCUGCAGAUGCAGAACUCUACUCAGGAACACAAUACAGCUCCCAGAAUGUGUCUCAAUCUGCUUGUAAACCAAGUUCUCCUGUAGGCGUUGACAGUCCCACAACAGGAGGAAGAGCUGGCAUAGGGGUAGACUGUGGCCCAGGUGCAGGGUUUAGCUCAGGAAGCGCACAAGCAUCAGCCAGCAAGGGGCAUGCCACUGGGAGUAUAGGAGGAGGUUGCCCAGAUGGAGGCUACCUGUCUGGGGGUUAUGGACCACCUGGUGUCAUCCCAUUUGGAGCUGGAUUUGGACCUAGGAUUGCAGGUGGCCUGGGGGUUGUGGGUUGCCAGCCUGGGACAACUUUAAAUGACUCUUAUCACACCUUCACUUCUGCACCGUUCUGA